GGCAACCAGUGAACAUAACCUUACACAGCUUACCAAUCUUUGUUCUUUUUUCAGUGUUGUUAUACUGGAGACUAGAGGCGGUGGUUGGAAUAAUGAAAUUUGUUGGGUUUAUCAUUAGUAAAGUUUGCUUUUAUUCUUAGAUGUCAUAAAAUUUGUUGUUAGUGUUAAAUCAAUAAUGUGUUAGGGAUGCAUCUAAGUCAUUACAAUGAUUCUAAAUACCAUAGUUUUUAUAGUCUUUAUGCUUGAGGUUGCUAACAGCAAAAGUUCUUAUGAGGUAGAUUGCAGUAAACUUAGAAUGGGACAGUAUUUAUGCCCCCAUCCAGAUAUUAUUGACUCAUAUAUCGACCCGAAAACACAACAACCAAGAGGAUGCACACAACAAAAUAAAGCUGAAGUUUUGUGUAAAGCAGCAGAUGGAAUCAUUUGUUUGAAAUCAAAUAACUCAACCUUCACUCGGGAAAUACCCUGCCGGUGGACGAAUGGCUAUCACUUUGAAACGGCAAUGCUGCUCUCGAUAUUUUUGGGAAUGUUUGGUGCAGACAGGUUCUACUUGGGAUAUCCUGCAAUAGGAUUGCUGAAGUUCUGCACGAUGGGCUUUAUGUUUUUAGGCCAACUAGUCGAUAUAAUACUUAUAGCUACGCAGGUAGUGGGACCUGCAGAUGGCUCUUAUUACGUAAUACCUUACUACGGACCUGGUAUAAAAAUGGUGCGAAGUGACAAUUGGACAUAUAGAGUACCUCAAGAUGAUUGGUAGGCAAAUAACUAAAAAGUGUGGUGUGUAAAAUAGUGCUUGUAAAAAAUGGUUAUUGUAUAUAAUUCCAGUAUUUUAGGUACAUCUUUUUAUUUUCCUGAAGCAUUCUCUUUUAUACUGUGAUAAAUCUUGUAAAAACAUUUAGGAUUAUUUAAAUAUAAGUUGUCAAUAAAUACAUUUUAUGAAA